AUGCCUGAUCACGAGAUUUCUUAUAAUCCUGAGCUGGACACGUACCAGCUCUAUAAUCGAUACGAAGAAUCUCCGCCUAAAGAGGACUGGAAAACAGCUGCCUUGCGUGGUCCCGCUCUGCCUACAGUGGGCAACGCAGUAGCAGGUGCUGUCGGGGCUGCGAUAUCGAACCUUGCUACGUACCCUCUGACCCUCAUCAUUGCACGAUUACAGACACAGUCUCGGAAGGGAGAUGGAAAAGACAAGAUAAAUUCAGAGGAAGCAGAAGAUGAGGAGGAAUACACGGAUUUCCUAGAUGCCGCUCGUAAGAUCUACGCCCAGGAAGGACCUGGAAGUUUCUACACCGGAUUGGCACAAGACACAGCCAAGACAGUCGCGGACUCGUUCCUCUUCUUCCUGGCUUAUGGGUUCUUUCGACAACGAAGGAUCAAUGCGCGAUUCGACCCAGGACGAAGAACAAAACACACAGUUUUGCCUAUUCUAGACGAAUUGGCAGUUGGUGUUUUGGCAGGCGCGUUCGCCAAGCUGUUCACCACCCCGCUGGCGAAUAUUGUGGCUAGAAAACAAACCUCUAAAUCUUCCGUGCGUGCGAGGGAUAUCGCUGCGCAAAUUAAGUCGGAAAAGGGCCUUCGAGGGUUUUGGUCUGGGUAUUCUGCUUCAUUGAUCUUGACUCUUAACCCCUCGAUUACGUUUUUCUUGAAUGAGUUACUCAAGUACGGGAUUCUUCCGCGGGAAAAGCGUGGACGUCCCUCGCCCUGGGUUACAUUUCUCUUGGCUGCUGUUAGCAAGUCGGCUGCUUCGUCGGUGACGUAUCCUUUUUCUAUGGCCAAGACACGCGCACAAGUUGACAGGUCCAUUACUUCCACAUCUGAUAAGAGUGCAAAUAAUGGCGAAAAAGAUGACUUAGAGGAAUCGAUUUCCCUGACUCCCGAAAUUAUCACAAAUGUUGUCGCGAUUGCCCGAACUGACGGGAUCUCCACCCUCUAUAAAGGACUAUACGGGGAGAUCCUAAAGGGGUUCUUCUCACAUGGCUUUACAAUGUUGGCUAAAGACGCAGUUUAUUCCGUAAUCGUCCAGAGCUACUAUGUGCUGCUCAUUGCGCUGAGGAGAUACCCCACGCCCGAGGAGCUGAUCGAACGUGCUCGUCAACAAGCGGAGGAGUGGGCCGAUGCCGCGCGUGAAGGUGCCAGGGAUCUAGCUGCAAAGGCCGGUCAUAAUGCACAGGAUAUUCUUGAUGGACACGCAAGUGGGGCGGCAGUGGGAAUGACAUCUACGAAUAGUCCUAAUACGGUGGAUAUUCUGACUGACUCUAACGAGACGGCAGAAUUGGUGAGGGAUUAUGUUGAAGAUGAGGCAGCUGAAUGGAGGAGUUUGUAUCGUUGGUUUUGGGAGAAGGAGAAAUAUGGGAAAGAGUGA